CCCACACCUCUGUAAUAGCUGGAGUCUUCCUUCCUUUAUCAUAUUUUUGGAAAGUGAACAAACAUGGAUGCAGUAACAAACACAGUGGCAAUCUCAUGUGUUAUUGCAGUUGUACUAUGCGCAUGGCAGUUGGUAAAUAUUUUGUGGGUGAGACCAAAAAAGCUUGAGAUGCACCUGAGGAAUCAAGGUUUCAAAGGAAACAAAUACAGAUUGUUGUAUGGGGACAUGAAAGAGCUUUCUAUGAUGUUCCAAGAAUCAAGAUCUAAGCCUAUAAGUCUCGAUGACGAUGAUGGUGUUCUCGCACGUGUUACGGCUUUCUCCCUUCAUUCUCUGCAAAAACAUGUUCACACACUUGUAAGUUGUAAGUCGAACAACAUGUUGUGUUCCAGCCUCCAAAGCCUCCAAAGCUAUAGUAGCCAUCAUUGUUGACAAAAUGAAACCUACGGGAC